UUGUAGCCUGAUUCAUAAAUAACGGAAGUAGACAUAUAUUGAAUAUUCUAUAAAUUAUUAAUAUUCUAUCAAUUUCAACAUUUAUUCCGCUUACGAUUUCCCGAGUUUACCCCAGAAUGUUCUGUGUAUGUUGGCCCGGAAUUAAGUCCGUGAUAUGGGGCAAUAUGAUUUGCAAUAUUGCACACUUAUAUUUUUAACUAUUAAAACGUGUCAAUCAAACAUCUAUGGAUUGGAGUAGAUAAGUGGGGAAAAUUACAGUCAGUCCUGCCAAAUUACUUUAGAGAGUAUAUCUUCUUGUUGUGUGGGAGUAGUAAGGGUCAGGUAAAAGAGGGCUCUUUUUUAUCAACGUGUACAGGAAACAUGCCACGUUGACUUAGAAACCAAUACCGGUUCCUCGCGGUUCCUAUGUUAUAUCGCUCGUAGUUAAUAUGGUGAUGCCACACCCUUUAGCAAUUUCCGAGUUCCAUUAAUUUCAGAAUUGUUUACCAUACAAUACAGCUUUUGUUUGAUACUCGGCAUUCUUUGGGAAAUAGCAGCUGGUACAAAUUCUAGAAAUAGUAACAAAAACUUUGGGAGAUCCCAUGCGCCGGUGUUAUAAUAAUUUGUUCCUUGUGGUAUCUGACAUCGUUAUGUGCAUGUCACUCAUUACGUUCUCACAAUGUAGCUUGUUGCUAUGUGGAUUGCUCAUCCCACCUUCUCUCCCAGAUCCUGGUCUGUGUUCAACAUAGCUGUCAGGACGAACAACUUUGUGGAAGGUUGGCACAGACGUAUCAAUAACAAGGUGGGUGAGCAGUCCCUGGGGAUCUACAGAUUGGUCCAGGAGCUGUUCAGAGAGGCCAGUCUGUUGCCUCUACAGUCAAGACUCAUUCGGAGGGACGACCCAGGGCGUAUGUGCGCAAAUCUUCCACAUCUCGUCAAGAGGAGAUUUUUGACAUAUGGCGACGAUACAAAGAUGGAGACCUCCCCCUGAGCCAAGUACUCUCACAAUGUUCGGUUGUACAUGGGCCAAUAUUGUGAAUACGAUGAAGAUGACGAUGGACAUGCCGACAAAACUGAAGAACUGUAUAUAUGAACAUAUGUACUUAUCUGUGAAAACAGGAAAUACCAUGUGAAUACAUCACAUACAUCCAAUAACAUGUAAAUACA